CGCCCCUGCCCGGGUCUUAUAAGCCUCUCCCGCCUCCGAGCGUCUGAACUUCCCGCUGCCGGCCCCGCCAGGCGCCCGCUGCAGCAUGGCCUGGAACACCAAUCUCCGCUGGCGGCUGCCUGUCACCUGCCUGCUCCUGCAGGUGGCCCUGGUGGUCCUCUUCGGCGUGUUCGUGCGCUACGACGCCGAUGCCGACGCCCACUGGAUCGACGAUAGGCUGUCCCAGAACAUGUCCAGCGACAUGGACAACGAAUUCUACUAUCGCUACCCGAGCUUCCAAGAUGUGCACGUGAUGAUCUUCGUGGGCUUCGGCUUCCUGAUGACCUUCCUGCAGCGCUAUGGCUUCAGCGCCGUGGGCUUCAACUUUCUGCUGGCGGCGUUCGGCAUCCAGUGGGCGCUGCUCAUGCAGGGCUGGUUCCACCACUACGACCAAGGCUACAUUUUCAUAGGCGUGGAGAACCUCAUCAAUGCUGACUUCUGUGUGGGCUCCGUCUGUGUGGCCUUUGGGGCAGUUCUGGGCAAAGUCAGCCCCAUCCAGCUGCUCAUCAUGACUCUCUUCCAAGUGACCCUCUUCUCGGUGAAUGAGUUCAUUCUCCUCAGCCUGCUGGAGGUGAAGGAUGCAGGAGGCUCCAUGACCAUCCACACGUUCGGCGCCUACUUUGGGCUCACAGUGACCUGGAUCCUCUACCGACCCAACCUACAUCAGAGCAAGGAGAGGCAGAGUUCUGUGUAUCACUCGGACCUCUUUGCCAUGAUUGGUACCCUCUUCCUGUGGAUGUACUGGCCCAGCUUCAACUCAGCUGUGUCCAACCAUGGAGACGCCCAGCACCGAGCUGCCAUCAACACCUACUGCUCCUUGGCCGCCUGUGUGCUCACCUCGGUGGCACUGUCCAGCGCCCUGCACAAGAAGGGCAAGCUGGACAUGGUGCACAUCCAGAACGCCACGCUCGCCGGAGGGGUGGCCGUGGGUACUGCCGCCGAGAUGAUGCUCAUGCCUUACGGCUCCCUCAUUGUCGGCUUCAUCUGUGGCAUCAUCUCCACCCUGGGUUUUGUGUACCUGACGCCAUUCCUGGAGUCCCGGCUGCGGAUCCAGGACACAUGUGGCAUUCACAACCUGCAUGGCAUUCCCGGCAUCAUAGGCGGCAUCGUGGGUGCUGUGACGGCAGCCUGUGCCAACAGUGCCGUGUACGGCAAGGAAGGGCUUGUCCACGCCUUUGGUUUCAAGGGUAGCUGGACCUCAAGCACGCAGGGCAAGUUCCAGGCUGCCGGCAUCUUCAUUUCUCUGGCCAUGGCCCUGGUGGGCGGCAGCAUCGUGGGAAUGAUUUUGAAAUUACCGUUCUGGGGACAACCCUCUGACGAGAACUGCUUUGAGGAUGCAGUCUACUGGGAGGUGCCCGAGGACCAGAAGAACACUGCUUCCCGUCCUGAGGACCCCACCCUCAAUCCCUUAGAACCUUAAGCUCCCAGGGCAGGUGAGAAGCAGGCUCCACAGAAGGGGCUGGUGCUGACCGAGCUGGGAACACAAGCACAAGGCAAGCAGCACCCCAUUUGCUGGCCUGGCCCCAGGGCAUCUCCACCCCUUCCUUCCCCUUCAUCCCAG